AUGGCAGAAUAUGAAGCUUGUUUUCUCGGACUCAGGAUGGCCAUAGACAUGAAUAUCAAAGAACUCUUGGUGAUAGGAGAUUUCGACUUGUUGGUUCAUCAAUUACAAGGAGAAUGGACCACUAAGAAUGAUGAGGAACUGGAUGGAAAACCCUGGUAUUAUGACAUCAGAAGAUUGAUAGAAGCACAAGAAUAUCCUAAAAAUGCUACAAGCAAACAAAAAUGGACUUUGAAGAGGAUAGCCAAUCAUUUCUUCCUUAAUGGAGAAAUCCUAUAUAGGAGAACUUUGGAUUUAGGAUUGCUGAGGUGUGUCGACGCCACAGAAGUGACAAGGCUUUUGGAAGAAAUACAUGCAGGAACAUGUGGACCUCAUAUGAAUGGGUUCACUUUGGCAAAGAAGAUUUUAAGAGCUGGAUAUUUUUGGAUGACCAUAGAGAGAUGGCAUCAGGUCGAAGCUUUGACAUACAAGGCAGUGAUCAAGAAGGUAGUGGCAAACUUUGUUCACAACAACAUAGUUUGUCGGUUUGGAAUUCCAGAAUCAAUCAUAACAGACAAUGUAGCCAACCUCAACAGCGAUCUUAAGAAGGAAACUUGUGAAAGGUUCAAGAUUGCUCAUCGAAAUUCCACGGUUUACCGGCCACAGAUGAAUGGAGCAGUUGAGGCUGCAAAUAAGAAUAUCAAGAAGAUCCUAAAGAAAAUAGUGGACAGUCACAAGCAAUGGCAUGAGAAGCUACUAUAUGCUUUACUUGGUUAUCGCACCACGAUCAGAACAUCAACUGGGGCAACUCCUUAUAUGUUGGUUUAUGGUUCAGAAGCAGUAAUACCUACUAAGGUGGAAAUACCAUCUUUAAGGAUUAUCCAAGAGGUUGGUCUGGACGAUGCAAAAUGGAUACGUAGCAGGCAUGAACAAUUGAUACUCAUCGAUGAAAAGAGGAUGGACGCAGUUGGUCAUGGCCAACUCUAUCAAAACAAAAUGACCAAAGCGUUCAACAAGAAAGUCAAACCUCGACGGUUCACAUCGGGGCAGUUGGUAUUGAAGAAGAUCUUUCCUCACCAAGGAGAAGCCAAAGGGAAAUUUGCACUAAAUUGUCAAGAAUCCUACAUGAUUCAUAGAGUACUCUCAGGAGGAGCAGUAAUCUUAGCAGAAAUGGACAGCAGAGUAAGCCCAAAGCCAAUUAAUUCAGACGCCAUCAAGAAAUACUACAUCCGAAGACCUCAAGAUUAG